GCCGCCAGGACAGCGACUGUGACGGCAGCAGCUGCGACUCGGAGGAGGAGGAGGGCUCCUGCCCAGAGUGUCGGUGGGGCCCGGCGGGCCUGGCCAAGCAAACAGAGGAGACAAUGGCAGGGCAUAAUCAACUCUGCAUUCGCCGUUGGACUACUAAGCAUGUCGCUAUAUGGCUGAAAGAUGAAGGUUUUUUUGAGUAUGUGGAUAUCUUAUGCAAUAAACAUAGACUUGAUGGACUUACAUUGCUAACAUUGACUGAAUAUGACCUACGGUCACCUCCUCUGGAAAUUAAAGUCUUGGGAGAUAUCAAAAGGCUGAUGUUAUCAAUACGUAAACUGCAAAAAGUACAUGUUGACGUUUUAGAAGAGAUGGGUUACAACAGUGACAGUCUCCUUGGCCCCAUGUCACCUUACAUCAGUGUUCUGCAAGGCUCGGACUGGCUUUGUAAUGGGGAACUAUCACAUGACUGUGAUGGACUUAUCACUGACUUGAAUCCAGAUCAGUACCAGUACAUGAAUGGGAAGAACAAACACAUGGUUAGAAGAUUAGACCCAGAAUACUGGAAGACCAUAUUGAGUUGUGUAUAUGUGUUCAUAGUAUUUGGGUUUACAUCCUUCAUCAUGGUUAUAGUCCAUGAACGAGUGCCUGACAUGCAGACUUAUCCACCACUACCAGAUAUAUUUCUAGAUAGUGUCCCUAGGAUUCCGUGGGCCUUUGCCAUGACAGAAGUGUGUGGUGUCAUUCUCUGUUACAUCUGGCUGCUGGUGCUUCUCCUUCACAAACACAGGUCAAUACUCCUUCGAAGACUCUGUAGUCUGAUGGGCACUGUAUUCUUGCUUCGCUGCUUUACCAUGUUUGUGACUUCCCUCUCUGUGCCAGGGCAGCACCUCCAGUGUUCUGGAAAGCUGUACGGCAGCGUUUGGGAAAAACUGCACCGAGCCUUUGCCAUAUGGAGCGGCUUUGGUAUGACCUUGACUGGAGUACACACCUGUGGGGAUUAUAUGUUCAGUGGCCACACAGUUGUUCUGACUAUGCUGAAUUUCUUUGUUACUGAAUAUACACCAAGAAGCUGGAACUUCUUGCAUACUCUGUCCUGGGUCCUCAACCUCUUUGGAAUCUUCUUCAUUCUGGCUGCACAUGAACAUUACUCCAUUGAUGUGUUUAUUGCCUUUUAUAUCACCACAAGACUCUUUUUGUAUUACCAUACUCUGGCCAACACCAGAGCAUAUCAGCAGAGUAGAAGAGCAAGGAUCUGGUUCCCCAUGUUUUCUUUUUUUGAAUGCAAUGUUAAUGGUACAGUACCUAAUGAAUAUUGUUGGCCUUUUGCAAAACCUGAAGUAAUGAAAAGAUUAAUUGGUUGAAGAAUGUGUCUUUGUAAAGGAUUCGUGAUCAAAUAUACAGAAAUGAUUUCAAAAACUAAUAACUUUAUUUUUUCCCCUCUUGUGUUUCUGAAUGCCUUGUUACUUGGCUUGUUAGUUGACAGAGUGGGGCUUUCUGUGCUUAGCAAGGUUAUAGUUGUAAAAAGUAAGCGUUGAAUAGUCACGAGUACUCAAGUAGGUAUUUGAACAGAAAGCUCAAAUAAUCUUUUUUCCUUUUAGGGGAGGAGCAGGGACAGAGAGUGCAGAUUUUGUGUUAGCAUUUUGAGAUAGGUAUAUUUCUUGUUGAAAAGAAGAUUUCUGCGAUUACUGGCAUGAUUAUAUUCAAGAAGUAAUAUUUUGUGAAAGCUGCUUCCAGUUAUCUUCAAAGAAAAAAAAAUCCAUGAGCAAUACUUGUCAUUUAAGCAGAUCUCUCUCUCUCUCUCCCCUCCUCUAUCUCUCUCUCCCCCCAUACACACACAAGCAUAUAGAUGUUUAGAAAGUGUAAUUCUGAAGAAUGAAUAAGUUCUGUUGGCUAAUAGCUGCCUUCUGAGUCUGCCAUCUCAGAGAAGAUACUGUGUUACACCAAGAUGCCUGAAACUAGGAGAAAAGAAUAAAAGGGACAUUCAGUGGGAUGGACAGAGUGCUGAUGAUAAAGCCGUCAAUAGAUGAAAAUCACUGAUCCCACUGCAUUUGUGACCAGAGGAGCAAACAAUAUAAAAUAUUUUCUUUCUACUUUGUGUGGGCCUCAAGGUAGCCUUCAGUCGGUAGGAAGAGAUGGCCACAUUCAUUGAAAAAUAACUAUGUUUUAGUUUUAGUGAUAUCACCUUGAACAAACUUGUACUUUCUGAAGACAAAUUAUUUAACUAGAGAAAUGAGAGGGUUUUCUAGAUAUCAAACAAGAUUUUUAUGCCCUGUAAAUAAGGAAAAUAAGCAUGUGAUCAUUUUAACUUCUGAAAAAAAAGCUUAAUAGCAAAUUUCAGAAUCUUUUCCCUUCUGUUUUUGAUUUUUGAAGUUUCUGGUUCCAGCUCAUUGAAAAAUGAGCAAGUAUAUUGAGAGACUCAAAGAGAGUUUUGUUUUGUUCUAAACACAAACUUGUAAAUACAUUCUUUCUAUAAAGUAUUAUUUCAGCAGCCAGCACAUUAGAUUAGCUGCUUGUUUACAACAUUAGAAGUUAAGUAUACUGAAUAAUUUAGCUCCUAAGAUACCAUUGGUCACUUUUUUGGAAUGAUUCUGUUUUGUCGUUGUGACUAGAGAAUAGUUAAAAAACUGGAGUUUUGAAAUCUUUGGUGGGCAGAUGUAGUGUGCCCUGCUCUUAGCCAUCCUCUGAAAACCCUGUGGGUGAGCUUCGUUGUGCAGUCUUAACAUUACUUUUUAUACGUAGGAAGUUGGAGAAGGUGCUUGGAUUUGAAGCCUUUACCUUAAGGCCCUAAAUGAGGCCAACCUAGUAACAACCUACUCCUUUGCCUUUUUCUUUUGGCACUUUAAUUACUCUCCCGCCCAUUAGCUGCAGAGGACCCAGGGUGGAUUAUAAGGGAAAGUAUUAUUAUCCUAGCAAGACUCACCUUGGUACUAGGUGACCUCAAUUUGUGUCGGCUUUGAACUUUACCUUUUAAGUUCAUUUCUGAAUGUCUCUCUAUAGGAGAUACCAAGUGUGGAAUGAGACUGAUUUAAGUUUUAUUAUGCUCUGUAGUCUUUGAUGCUUCCAAUUCUUCUAACACCUUAAAUCGUCAAUCUUGUUAUAUUGGUGGGGAGGGGAGGGCAAAAAUGCUGACAUUUCAUCCCAGCAUACUGAAUUGUCUUGAAGGAUGAUUGUUUCUAUGCCAAUCAGAGUAGUUAAUAUUAAACUGAUCUGCCCCCUUCCCCUUGAGAUCAAGAGAUGGCCAGUGUUAUUGCUUUAUUUUCUGAGGGGCAAAAAGAAUUGAACAUCCCCUUUUGAACUUAGAUGCGGUGUAAUUUAGCUGGGGAAGGUCAGAUAAUUGCUUCUGGAGAAACUUUUCAAAAUAUGUUGUAACAUUUUAAUUUGAAUAUGUUAAAUACCUAUUUAAUGAUCAAUUUUUCCAUCUUUAGUCUUUUCUUCAUGUAAUUUUUAAGACUCAGAAAGAAAAAUGCAAUUACCUUUUCAGAGCUUUGGACAUCAAAAGCACCUAACUGCUUUCGAGCUUCAUUGGCUAUAAGGACUUAAAAAAUAACUUUUCAACCUGGCAUUUACUCAUUUCUAUUGUUGAAGCAAAAAGUAGAGGUUUGUAAUUUAUUAUUGUAGCUAUUUUAAGACAGUGUUUACAUAAACUAAAAUGAUCAUCUUGAAGGUUCUCUCCUGAGACUUUGAGACAAAAUUCUUUUCGUUUUUUUAAAUGUGAAAUAUAUAUUCUUGUAAUUUUUUUGUCCAGAAAUUUCCAGUUUUACCUUCAGACCUUUUUUUUUUUAAAAUUUCCUUCUUAAAAACCAAGCCAUAGUGAUGAUAACAUUUAUGUUUACAUUUUGGGCUUCAUAUGUUUGGAUAGAGAAGCUACACACCCUAGGUCUACAUCAUUGUUUAAUGACGUUAUGGUUCUACCACUGUGAAUUGGUGAGGUACUCACACCACCAAGGAAUCAGGAUUUAAGCUUCCCCAUUUUCAAGGUGCUGUGGAGUCAUGUGUAGAAGUAGAGACAAGGGUUUGAAUUUGGCAAGCAAAAGUAGUUAAUGUCCUUUCUGGUUCUGAUGUAAUUGCUGGGAUUCUGGGGCUCUAGGGUUCCCUUCUUUAGACUAGCAAGAGUUGCGGUUUUAGUCACUACUGAAGUACAGUAGGACAGGAGGAGGCCAGAAAAGGGGGAAGUCUACCAUUGAGGUGACCAAUAACAGGCCCUUCUGUUCUACUGCAUUCAUAAUGCCUCUUUUCCUCCCUCACUCUAGUCUCACGGGGCCACCGAGAGAGCAAAACUGCAGCCAACUCUGUAAAAAUUGCAGAAGGUUGGAGUCUCCAUCUUUCACAUCUUAUCAUGGUCUUUUGGGUUUUGUGAAGGAAGAAAUCAGUAAACGUAGAUUUGGAGAUAGAGACUUGAAUAAGUGUGAGUUGUUCAAAGAGAAAAUUCACUGACUAGAAACCUGGUGUUUCAAAAACAGCGUUUUAGGAAUAACGUCGUCAGUAUUCUUCUUUUCUUUUUGCCUAUAUGUUAUUUCAUGGAACUCCAGAAAACCAACAACUACAAAAAGAGGAUAAGAGAUGGCAUCUUGAUAGUGUAAUGGAUUUACUUUUCAGGGGAUCUGUUUAGAAAAUGUUAGUUCAAUGUUACUGAAAUACCAAUAACACUAACCUGCUGUUUGUACUCAGCAAAAAAUAAAUAUCACUAAUUUUACAUGAACUUUUUUGUUAUAAUUACAAAACUAGUACUCUAACCAAAUGCUUGUUUUAAACUUGCUAAUUUAGUAAACUCAGUUUUUAUGGUCUUUUUUUGUAGACUUCAAAUAUCACUCAUAAAUUAUAACAUUAGUCAUAGCUAAGUCUAGUAGGAGUGUUCAGUUAUUUAAGAUGAAUAAAAAUGAACUAUUAGAAUAGUUCAGUUGCUUUUAAAACAGUAUCAGUUUCAUUUGGAUACUUUCAAAGCCAACUGAGGUAUGCUAAUUAGUAUCCAACUUUGCUUAGCAAGUUAAAGGAGCUUGUUUUUGACAAACCUUAGACUGAAUAAAUUGUAUCUGAGAGGAGGUGAAUUUGUUGAUGAUAUCUAAGGCCAAACUGUUACAAGCAGUUAACAAAACUAGAUUUUCCCUCCAGUGUGUUUGAACAGAUUUGAAAUGAUUGUACUUGGUAUGAGAGGACGAAAUACUACCAAUUUAUAAUGACUAAAAUUUGAUUUACUCUUUUUUGUAGUAAAUCCAGUGGUAGCCUUGACUAAAUCUAUAAACCACAACUCAGUCAUCAGGGGCUGCUUUUUUUUUUUUUUUAAAUUAUGCUUACUUCCCCAAACUAACUGAAGGACAUUGCAGCUCCUUAUUCAGAGCACUCCACAAUUGAACAUAAUUUAGCUUGAUCCCUGAAGGUGGGAGGAAUAUUGUGGAAAGGCAUGUUCUAUAUAGAAGUCAAGGUAAUUUUUUUCUAGACCUAUAUGAAAAGUCUAAACUGCUGAGUUGACUGAAGAAUGAAAUACGGUUAGCCACAUGAUCAGUUAAUCCAUUGAUAAAUUAGUAAUAUCACCCUCUUGUUUCAUUGAAAGUCGUUUUUAUUUUGAAUAGUCUAUUGGCACUAUGGAGUACUUUGGUUGGAUAACAAAAGACAUGGAAACUGGUACUUACUGCUUUGGGGAAACCAAUGCCAACUCACACUGAAAUAAGCAUGUUUUCCUUUUUGAGGGUUGUUCCUAAAUAUCUCCCUGCUCCACAAAGAAACUAGUGUUACUUGAAGGUGUGAGUCCCUGUGGCAGCUGUACCUUGAAGCACAGUAUUGUAAAUAAGUAAAUAUUGUCUUGAUUCAAAAUUUAAAUCCAGAUUUCAUUAAUAUAUUAUUUUAUAUCUUUGUUGUAUCAAAACAUAUUUAAAAGAACUAAAAAUAAAACAUUUGAA